AUGAACAUCACUGCAGGAAGACGGGUGCUAUGGCAAACACAACGACUCUUUGUCCCACUCCGGGCUGUGUCGACGUUGAGCAACAACCCUCACAUCUACGUUUUCAAAGAUCCUAAAAACCCCUCCUCGCACAUCCUCUCCCUCCUCCCCACGGAUCCUCCUACACCUUCGCUAGCUAUUGGCACCGCGUCACAACUCCCGCCCACACCUCGGUCCUUUGCCGAAAACCCCAAAUUCCUCCCUAUCCUUCACUCUGUAAUUAGUGAGAAUGCCUCCUCCGACCCUGAGGUCCAAUCCCAGGCGGCAGUAAUGAUAUCUUCAUCCGGCUCUUCAUUCUUCCAGACCGUCCGUCGCCAACAGACGGGCUCUUCAGGCGCCAGCGACCAGGGCGGCCACGGCAGCGCUGGCCGUGGAGGUUGGGUCCACGUCUCCGACCAACGGCACAUACCGGACUUCGGGCGCAUUGCGGAGCCAGAGGAUAUCUUCGGGAGCGUGGAAGUUGAUGGGCGCGGAAAAUUUGUCGAUGGCCAUGGCGGGUAUCAGCCAAGCGGGACAUAUCGUGUAUGCACGAAUGACGGGAUUCUGGGCUUAACAGAUUUCAUGAGGCGGAAGUUGGUCGAGAGGUUGAAGGUACAGGAGGCGGCGGAGAGAAACAAGCAGUCAUGA